AUGGCCUCUGCGACUGAUGACAAGCAUCGCGAUAGCCUGAGCCUGGAUGGCAAGGCGGAUGGACUUGACAUCCACGAUGAGGUUGCCAAUCCACUCUCGGACAUUGCAGACCCGGAUGCUGGGCUCACUGAAGAGGAGCGCGCAGCUGCGGACAAGAAGCUUGUUCGCAAGCUUGAUCGCAAGCUACUACCGUGGCUCACUUUCCUAUACCUCAUCUCCUUCCUUGACCGUACCAACAUCGGCAACGCCAAAGUUGACGGGCUCCAACACGAUCUGGGAAUGACUGAUGGCCAGUACAAUGCCACUCUUACCAUCUUCUUCGUUAGCUACGCUGUCUUCGAGCCCUUGACCAAUGUGCUGCUCAAGAGGUUGCGACCCAGCAUUUUCCUUCCUAUGAUCAUGGUUGCAUGGGGUAUUGUCAUGUGCUGUAUGGGCCUCGUACACAACUACUCCGGGCUGAUGGCUUGCCGUUUCUUCCUUGGUCUGGCAGAGGCUGGGCUAUUCCCAGGAGUAAACUACUUUCUAUCGUGUUGGUAUAAACGAUCUGAGUUUGGAAUCCGAGCUGCCAUCUUCUUCUCCGCUGCAGCCUUGGCUGGCUCUUUCGGUGGUCUUCUGGCAGCUGGUAUCGCUCAGAUGAAGGGUAUCGGUGGGAAGCCUGGUUGGGCUUGGAUCUUUAUCCUUGAAGGCCUCGCUACAGUCGUCGUAGGCAUCGCCAGUUACUGGAUGGUUCACGACUUCCCCGCCGAAGCCACUUUCCUCGCUCCUGACGACCGAGCGCGCGUACUGCGCCGUCUUGCAGCCGACAAGCAGUCUUCCGCCAAGGUCGAGGUGUUCAAGUGGAAAUACUUCUGGCAAUCAGUCAAAGACUGGAAAACCACCGCAUUCGCCGUCAUCUACAUGGGUGCUGACGGCGCGCUCUACGCCUUUGCCCUAUUCGUGCCGACGAUCAUCAAAAGCGUAAACCCGCAGUACUCGGCGACAACCGCCAAUCUCAUGUCUGUGCCCCCGUACGCCGUGGCUGCUGUUGCGACCGUCUUCAUCGGGUGGCUCGCAGACCGAACGCAGCAGCGCGGAUACUGCAACAUUGGAAUGUCGCUCUUCGGCAUCGUGGGUUUUGCCAUGCUACUCGGUAGCGGAAACCCGCAUGUGCAGUACGCAGGUGUAUACCUGGGAGCCCUGGGCAUUUACCCCUGCAUCCCCAACACCAUAUCCUGGGCCUCGAAUAACGUGGAAGGUGUCUUCAAGCGCGGCGUGACUAUCGGCUUCGUAAUCGGAUGGGGAAACCUAAACGGCGUUGUGAGCUCGAACAUCUAUCGCGGAAGGGACUCGCCGCGCUUCUUCUUGGGACACGGCGUCGUCCUUGCUUAUCUGACCCUGUUCUUGUUUGUUGGUAGUAUCUUCACCAGAGUUUUUCUGGCUCGGGAGAACAAUAAGAGGAGGAAUGGACUGCGGAAUCAGUGGACUGAAGGGAAGAGCCAGGAUGAAAUCAACGAGAUGGGUGAUGAGGUGCCGGACUUUGAGUAUGUCCUCUGA